UUAAGCUAACUCCGAGAAAAAUCGAUCGCCAUACUCGAAAAUUUAUACCACCCAGCUCGAAUAGAAAAAGAAAUAUCCGGCUCGCUCGCUAAUAUACCGAAGUAAGGAAACGUCCAAUCGUUCGAAAAUUAUUCGGAUGUAAAUUCGCUUUGAUUGUUUCAUCGGGAACCACCUUACCUCCUCCGCAGGUGGGAGGUGUUUGGUGACCAAAGAAGUACGUUACGGUAGGAACAACAAAUGAGAGGAUACAAGAGGAGAGUUUAGAUAACGGGGUGGUUUCACACCCUAGUGUAGUUUUGACUGUUUUUGAAAUAUGUUAACCACUACCAGCUUAUUUCUGAUUCUAGUGAGCUGUCUAGCUUAUGUACAAUGCGACCUAGAAUACCAAGUCAACCAGACGUCGUCGGUUGUUCAUCCAGGAGCGGCACGGCAAAUGUUCGGAUCUAGUUCUUUACGCCAAGCAGGAAAGAAACCUAUUCUCGCUACCGGUCAACGUCAAUACGGCGUUCGAACUACAUUGAAGCCUGAACAUGAUCAACCUGACAUACCCUUUCUUUAUGAUUUCCCUUUGCCAAUACCCGCUUAUGCUAUUCCAUCGAUCUAUCAAAAAGACCUUGAUAAACAAAUUCAGAAUAGAGGUGGAGGGUCGAUAGUUAACGGAAUGUAUGGUGGAAGGAUGGAGUAUCAAUUGCCAGGAAAUAUUAAUUGGGGAAUGAUAGGUGGUAGAGGAUUUGAAGGUGUCUAUGGAGAAGUAGACCAUCCCACGCAAAUUUGUACCUCUACAUGUAAAAAAGGGUUAUUUAUGUGCCAUAGUGAAUGUAAAUGUAUCCGAGCAGAGUACAGGUGCGAUGGUCGUCCACACUGUGAAGACCAAGAAGACGAAAUGCAUUGCGAUAAUUUGAUAGACGAACACGAUCAUACAUACAUCAAAUGCGAUGAGUCUAAGGACUUUGUACUUUGUCCUAAAACUAAGAGAUGUGUUUCUAAGGAAUGGCUGUGUGAUGGGGACGACGAUUGCGGUGACUACUCGGACGAAACACGAUGUGGUUAUAAGCAAAAUUGUACGUUGGAUCAAUUUCAAUGCGAAAACGGUCUAUGUAUUCCAAAAACCUGGACUUGUGAUAACGAUAAUGAUUGUAGAGACUUUUCGGAUGAAGUCAAUUGCACUAGGGCUGGAUGUGCCAUGGAUGAAUUCGAGUGCACUGAUGGUACUUGUAUUACUAUGAACUGGAAGUGUGAUCACCACUAUGAUUGUAUCGAUGGAUCUGAUGAACGGGAUUGUGAUAUUCUUCCUCCUCAUUGUAACGAGAAGGAGUUUCAGUGCACCAAUCACAAAUGCAUCAAAAUCGAAUUUAAGUGUGACGGUGAUGAUGAUUGCGAUGACUGGAGUGACGAAGACGAUUGCCCACGUAGUAAUGGAGAUUGCGUCAGUGGAGAGUUCAAAUGUAAAAGUGGUGACUGCAUUCCUAGGCGAUGGGUUUGUGAUAAUCAGAAAGACUGCUCACAAGAGGAAGAUGAGUUAAACUGUGAUUAUAAAGUUAACAAAACAUGCAUUGAUGACGAAUUUAGUUGUUCAGAUGGCCAGUGUAUUUUGAAAAAAUGGAUAUGUGAUGGAUUAGAUGACUGUCGCCAUGGUGACGAUGAGAUUAAAUGCGAUAUUGUAUGUGAUGAAGGAAAAUUUCCAUGCAGUGGACCUGGAGUAAAUGAUACAAAUACAUUAUUUUGUAUUGGAAAGAAACAUAGAUGUGAUGGUCAGACGGACUGUCCGAAAGGUGAAGAUGAGAAAAAUUGUCCUUCUAGAAGAGAUUGUGAACCUGAUACAAAAUGCAAACAACUCUGUGUCACAUACCCUGAUGGUAAAAACGCCUGUUCAUGUUUGAAUGGAUACAAGUUGGCCCUUGACAAUUUUACAUGUGAAGAUAUAGAUGAAUGCAUGUAUGCAACUGAUCCAGUUUGUUCACAAAAAUGUAAUAAUACUGUUGGAAGCUUUAAAUGUGAGUGUAUGACUGGUUAUAUACUAAGACCAGAUCUUCGAACUUGCAAAGCUAUUGGUGCGUCACCAACAUUGCUAUUUGCAAACAGAGUUGACAUUCGACAGAUGUCUUUGAGCAAUUCUAAAUAUUCUUUAAUAUUGAAAGGACUCCACAAUGUAAUAUCUUUAGACUAUCAUUAUGCACAAAAUUACAUAUUUUGGUCAGAUGUAUCCAUGGAUAAAAUUAGGAGAAGUUCAGUAAACGGAACUGACGUUAUAACAAUUAUUAAUUCUGGACUGGAUUCCCCUGGGGGAAUUGCUAUAGACUGGAUUCAUAAUCUUCUUUUUUGGACUGAUUCUGGUACAAAAAGGGUAGAAGUGGCCAAUCUUGAAGGGACUCAACGAGCUAUCAUAGCUGCAAGCGAAUUAGAUAAACCAAGAGCAAUUGCCGUUCACCCCGGAGAAGCAUUAGUUUUCUGGACUGAUUGGGGACCAAAUCCAAAAAUCGAACGGGCUGAUAUGGAUGGUUCCAACAGAAAAAGCAUUAUAACAGAGUCCGUAUUUUGGCCUAAUGGAUUGACUAUUGAUUACGUUACCAAUCAGCUAUAUUGGGCCGACGCUAAGCAUAAUGUAAUUGAAACAUCAGCAUUAGAUGGAUUUAGAAGGAGAAAAGUGAUUACUAAAGGGCUUCCUCAUCCUUUUGCAAUUACUAUAUUUGAAGAUGCAAUAUUUUGGACAGAUUGGCACACAAAAUCUAUCACAACAGCUAAUAAACUUACAGGAGCCGGUUAUAAGACAUUACACUCUCAACUCCAUUUUCCAAUGGACCUUCAUAGUUUUCACCCGCAAAGACAACCAAAAUAUAGAAACCGCUGUGGAAGUUCUAAUGGUGGAUGUUCCCACUUGUGCUUACCUAACAACAAAUUGUAUAGUUGUGUCUGCAGAAUGGGUCAGAAGCUUAAAGAAGACGGAAGAUCUUGUCAUAAGCCGGACAAGUUUAUUUUGUUUGCUAAAAAGAAAGAUAUUCGAAUUAAACAUUUGGACGGAUCACUAGAAAAACAGUACGAAAUGGUUAUUCCAAUCGACGGAGUUAAGAACGCAAUUUCUGUAGCUUGGGAUGCAAAAACUAAUUAUAUUUACUGGUCUGAUGUUGCAAUGAAGUCUAUUAAUAGAGCAUUCUGGAAUGGUAGUAAUCAUGAGGUCAUUGUAAAUACGAAUUUGGUAUUACCAUAUAGCAUUGCAUUGGACUGGGUAACAGAUAAACUAUAUUGGACUGAUGAAAGUAAUUCCAGAAUAGAAGUUUCAAAUUCAGAUGGUUCUAUGCGGUCUAUACUAACCUGGGAAAAUUUAGAUAAACCCAGAGAUAUAACUGUAGAUCCUCAUAGUGGAUUAAUGUUUUGGGCUGACUGGGGAGAAAAGAAAAGAAUUGAAAAAAGCAAUAUGGAUGGAACAAGUAGAUCUGUAUUGGUACAGUCCAAUCUAUCUUCUCCAAGUGGACUAACUAUUGAUCAUACCACUGGAAAAUUGUAUUGGGUUGAUGGCGAUCUUCGGACAAUAAAUUUUGUAAAUAUGGAUGGUACUGGAAGAAAAAUUUUAUUAGGAGGGAGUAGCCUAUCAUACCCUUAUGGUUUAGAUGUUUUUGAAAAUAAUGUAUAUUGGACAGAUUGGAUGAAUAAGACAAUUGAAAAGGCAAAUCAACUAACUGGGGAGAAUAGGACCGUCAUAGUAAACAAUCUGUCAGAUCCUAUGGGAAUUAGAAUAUUUCAUCGUAAUAGAAAAAAUUUCCGAACUUCUUGCGGAAAUAAUAACGGAGGAUGUACACAUUUAUGUUUACUAAAACCUAAAGGUCACUCUUGUGCUUGUCCUACUGGGAUUAAAUUGGAUGAGAAUAGAAAAUCAUGCACGAACGGACCUCUAAAUUUUUUAAUAAUGGCCCAUAGAAUGGAUAUUAGACAAAUAUCACUGGACGUACCUUACAUGGCUGACGUGGUAUUACCGUUUAAACAUCUUAAAUUAGCUACAUCGGUAGAUGUUGAUCGAAAAACUGGUGAAAUUUAUUGGACUGAUACAUCAGAAGAUUGUAUCCAGAAAUCAACGCCGGAUGGAAAACAUAGGGUAGCAAUCAUUACACAUGAAAUUGAAACUCCUGAUGGGGUAGCCAUUGAUUCGACAGGACGAAAGAUAUAUUGGACUGACGGCGAAAGAAAUAGUAUUGAAGUAGCUGAAUUAAAUGGUUUCAAUCGAAAAGUACUUUUUAACAGUAAAAUUUAUAAUCCCCGAGCUAUAACUUUACAUUAUCAUCAUGGUUUAAUGUUUUGGUCAGACUGGGGAACACAACCAAAAAUAGAGGUAGCACAUAUGGACGGAAAUAACAGAAAAACGUUAAUCAAUGAAAGUAUUGCCUGGCCCAAUGGUUUGGCGAUUGAUAGACCAGCAAGUCGUCUAUUUUGGAACGAUGGAAAGCUCAAUACUAUUGAAUCAUGUGAUUUUGAUGGAAAACAUAGAAGAAAGAUCAUCCAGAAGCUACCUCAUCCUUAUGGACUAGUAGUUGUUGGUAGCCACAUUUACUGGACUGACUGGAAAACGCAAGCGCUUCAUAGAGCAGAUAAGGAAUCUGGAGAGGACCGUACUAUCAUAAGAAGUAACUUAGAAGGUUUAAUGGACGUAAGAUCGGUGCAAAGCGAUAAUAUUGCAGAAAAUGCUUGUGGGAAGUUGAAUGGUGGAUGCAGUCAUCUAUGUUUGAGAAAUCCUAAUGGUUUUACAUGCGCUUGUCCAACAGGUUUAGCAGUUUCUCAAAUAAAUCAUAAUGAGUGUGACCCAAUCCCGAAAACAUUUUUGUUGACAGCCGCUAGAUAUUCUAUAAGUCAAAUCAGCUUAGAUACAUCUGAUACGUGGGAUGUAACUCUUCCUAUUCAAGAUGAUAUGCAGAACGUUAUUGAUAUCGACUUUCACUACAGAAAGAAGUUGAUAUUUUAUUCCGACAUAGGCAGCAAUUCAAUUAAAAGUUUCAGCCUUUACAACCUUUCAGACGUAAGAAUAAUCGUAAGUAAGAAUGUAUCGUCACCCGAUGGUCUAACAGUUGAUUGGCUAGCUAAUAAUAUAUAUUGGACAAAUACUGGCAAUAAAGUAAUAGAAGUUGCUAGAUUGGAUGGUUCAAAUCGAAAAACAAUAAUAUCUAAGGAACUGGAAGAUCCUAGAUCUAUAGUGGUAAAUCCUAAACGCGGAUAUUUAUAUUGGACCGACUGGGAUCAAGCUAAUCCGCGUAUUGAACGUAGUAAUUUAGAUGGCACUAACAGAAUUCCUAUUGUAAAAACAGAUUUGUCGUUUCCUAUCGGAUUAGUUAUCGAUUAUUCAAACAGACGGCUUUAUUGGAUUGACGCAAAAUUAAACGAAGAACGAAUUGAAACUUCUGACUAUGCCGGCAAUAAUAGAGUAACUUUACCAAUUGAUAAGACACAUCCAUUUUCAUUAACCCAGUAUCAGGAAUGGCUUUUCUGGACAGAUUGGGAUCAUAAAUGUAUUAUGAGAGCUGAAAAAAUUAAUGGAAAUGGAAAAAUUGUAAUUAGGCCGAUGCACGCUGCUAUGGGAAUAACCAUGGUUUCAGAAGAACGACAAACCAGUUGGAAUCCAUGCGCUGUGAAUAAUGGUAAUUGUACACAUUUAUGCUUCUUCAAGCAUAAGGGAUAUGUUUGUGGCUGUCCAGAUAAAUACGUACUUGGAUGCAAAACAACACCAUUAUCACGUGUAUCUAAUAUUUGUCCCGAAAAUAAAGGAUACGAUUGCACUAAAGAUGAAGAAAUUGAUGAUGAUGAAGAACAGUAUGAAUCAUCGGUUCAUCCUAAAUAUAGUCCAGAACCCGAGGAAGCAGGAAUUGUUGAUCAAACUUCCGCAUUUUACGUUAUUACUUUGGUGCCGAUGGUUUCUAUCAUAAUAGCAAGUAUUGCUGUAGUCACAUUUAUUGUUAUCAAAAGAGGAAAGAAAAAUUACUUGUAUGGUGCCAGUCGAAGCUUUUCAAAUCCAAACUAUUACUCGAAUGAUACAAGUGGUUCACAGAAUCCAACAGACAGGAAACAAUUUAUUUGGAAGCGGCUUAAAUAUGAUAAAUCUCAGGAAAGGGUGUAUGAGGAAACAGUGGGAGGCAGUCCGGAAGUAACUAGUUUAAUACCAACUAUUUUAACGCCAUGUAGUUCUAAUUGUGAAGCCGUAACACCGGAAAUGGAACGUUCACCUUCAGUAACUCCACUGCACAAAGUUGACGUACAGUAAAGGCAUUUAAAAACGUAAAUAUUUUCAAAUAAUUCGGAAUCUAGUCACCUAUAACUAAUAUUACACGAUUCAUUUAUUUAUCGAAUACUUACAUGUAAAUAUAAAAUUUGUCAAAUUAAGGUGACUGACAAUAAAAUAAAACUGUUAUAAUAUAUUAACAGUUGUAUACUUCAGACUGUAUUAUGGUAUAAUGGAGGUUUAAUUUCGUUUAUUUUUUGCUUUACUUUUAUCCAUGUAACAUGACGAAGAGAGAAGAAUAAAUCAAAAAUAUU